CUCUGCUCUAUCACAGAUCUUAUAGAAUCUCUAAGGCAUGAGGAAGUUCAACAGAAACUGACUGAGAUCAUGUGCAUGUAUAUGCUUACAGAGCUUUCAGUCUGGAGUUCUGAGCUGUGCGGGAAGAUAUUUAAAUUGCUGGUUUAACUGGGAACUCAAAGAAGAACAUCUUAAAAGACUAUUCUCCCACUGGGUUUGUGGAUCUUAUUUACAAGUAUGUUAAAUCCAGAAGCAAGGAGAGGGUUGCGAACGUCUGGGCAGCUGAAGAACAGAGUAGAAGAGCUUAAAAAUCCCUGGAGACAAAGCUCCCCCCUUGUCUUUAAUUACAAUGAAACAGCUCGUCUUGCCACCGAUGCCUUAGUGGAACGCGGGGAGAAAGCCUAUCUGCAUGUCCUUCAGGAAGAAAAAGAACUGCCUUUCCUUUCCAGCUUGGACAUUGACUUCAUCUGCAACAAUGUCGCAGCCAGUGGGAAAUCUAAUCAGUCUAUUGUUUCUGAUAAGGACCUUGAUGGGACUAACUCCUUGUCAGGAGACCACUGUCCCUCUGAGCUGACAUCUGGUACCUAUUUUCCUUUCAUGUCAGACUUUGAUGCACCUGAUUUGGAACUGGGCUGGCCGGAAAUUCCUCUGGCCACCAAAGCCAGGAAAACAGAAGUUCAAGUUUUCUUCCAAAAACGCAGAUCCAACGAGAUCAAGGAACUGAUAAGGUCGCACAUAAAUAUGGCAAAAAGAGUCAUUGCUGUAGUAAUGGAUUUAUUCACCGACGUGGAUAUUUUAUGUGACCUCCUCGAAGCGGCGAGCAAGCGGAGAGUGCCCGUGUACCUCCUACUUGAUGAAAAGAACCUGGUGCAUUUUAUCGACAUGUAUGAAAAGCUGGGAUUCAACAAAACUUCUUUUGAAAAAAUGAAGAUCCGCACUGUUUCUGGGGACACGUAUUGCACUAAAUCAGGAAAGAAGUUUACUGGGCAGUGCAUGGAGAAAUUUCUAAUGACGGACUGUGAACAUGUGUUUGCUGGAUCUUACAGUUUCAGUUGGCUUUCGAGUCACGUGCACAGCAACAUGGUGACAUACUUGAAAGGAAAUAUAGUUGAAGAGUUUGACAGAGAGUUUAGAUGUCUCUAUGCGGAUUCAUUGGAAGUUGAUUAUUUUAACAACUCUGAAAAUGAGAACAGGUCUUUCAUACAAGGCAUGCCAAAGAACCGAUGGACCCCAUUAAACACCCCACCCGCGCCUCUACCCAUUUUUGGGCACUCGACUCCUUCCAACAGCGACUCCAGCACUGACAGUCAAUCAAGCGUCAAGACUCCUCCCUUUUCAAAGAACCAGGCCAACACCAUCAUUCAUGAAGGGAGGGUAAUCGGUUCCAAUCACAUCAGUAAAAAAGAAAACGAUCAAACCAAGCCAAUGGUAGAAAACUUAACAGAACGAAGACAGUCAGAUCCUGAACCAGACAUGAAAAACCUUCACAUUAUGCAGAAGUCUCCACUCUCAAGGUCUUCUCCUGUUCUCUCUGACAAAAACCACCUACCGCCCACGCCUCCAUAUAUAGGUAGGUUUGGUGGCUUGCAGAACAAGGUUUUGCAGCCUGAAAACAAUAUAACCUCCAGAAUGAAGAGCGAUAUAGCUCUAAAUAAGGUUCCUAAUGGUGUCGGCAUGGACAGUAGGAAGGAUGGUGAACUCCUGACAAACGGGAAACAUGAUAUACCGGCCAUUAAUUCCAAACGAAUGACGCUCGGACACAGUAAACUUGAACUCAUCACACAAUACAAUAACAUGGCAAAAAAGGUCUUUAGUCGAUUUGAAAAAUAAAUAAUUUUCACCUUAUUUGAUGAGUACGGGUGCAGUUCUUUGCAAAAUUAAGACUUCUAACCAAACAUACUGUACAUAAACCACAGAAAUGCAAUAUACGUGAUGACAGGGAAAUGAUAUUGCUUUGUGUUACAACAAACCAUUCCGAAGAGAAGUCAACAAUCAACAAUGUCAACGAUGUGGUCAUCUGUUUCCAUCGUCAUUUGUCAUUUUUGCCUAAAAAAGUUUGAAAUGGACACAGGACCAAUACAAGCUCUGGUGGUAACCCACCAGCUGCAACUGACCUAUUUUUUGCCAAUAAACCAAAGGAAAUGGAGAAAUUCUUUCUGGAUAUCGGUUGGAUAUCAUGGGUGUUUGGAAAGCAUUCUUUGUUGAGACAUUUUUUUAAACCAGAUACCCAGGACUUUUUCUGUAAUAUUUUUGGGGCUCACAGAAUGUGACUGAGAUACAAUGGUGUUUGAACACCGACAUAAGCUAAAUUGGUUUGAUAACAGAAGCAAUUAAAUAAAGUUGUACAUAGAUUCUAAAAA